AGGAAGGUUACUAUUUGAUGCUAAUAACUUCUUCAAUAGAAUUAAAAAAAAAAAUUAUAUAGUAAUUAAUUGUUGUCACCGGCCGUACUUUUACAUACGCCGGCGAAAUGGCCGGCGUUUACUCGUGCCGGAGCGCUGCCGAAACCCUAGAAUGGAUAGAAGCAAUUAAGAACUUCAUCAAGCCUUACUCUUUCUUCUACGAAGCUCACGUUGUCAAUUUCUUCAAAGAUAGACUGUGGGAAGCUGUUGAUAAAGAAUGGAUGGAUUGUUUACGCAACGAACCUGUAGAGAAUCUUCUUCUUAUUCCUUCUGGUGUUGUUCAGGAUCAUUGGCCUGCUUCGCUUAAGGAAUUUAUCACCAAAUUAAGGUCUCUUGCACUUCCUCGUGAGCAGGCGGAUUUGGAAAAGGUUUUACCAGAUCUUGACAUGAAAUACCUUGAUAAAGUUAUUACCCAAGGCAUGAAUAGAAAGAAACAGCAUGAGGUAGAAGUUCUUGGUUCUGUUGUAUGUUCGAUUGCAAAAACCGUUGGAGUUAAUUCAGUAAUCGAUGUUGGAGCUGGUCAGGGCUAUCUUGCACAAGUUCUAUCUUUCCAAUACCAGCUUUCUGUGAUUGCGAUAGAUGCAUGUUCUCAUCAUGGAAGUAUAACCAAUGCACGUGCUGAGAGGAUCAAGAAACAUUAUGCAGCCAAGCUAUAUAAAUCACGAUGGUUAAUUGCCAGAUCAGAAGAUAAAGGGUUCAACGUGCCGAAAACAAUUACUUGUCACGUGCUCUCAACUGGAACGCUGAAAGACUUGAGUAGCUCUUUAAUUGGGAGUGAUGAUGCUGAGAAGUCUAACACAUCACAAACUAUUUUUGAGGAAUGCUCUCACGGACUGCCUGAUGGAAACGUAACUUCUCAAUCAGAUACAAAUGGUUCUACUUCUUUGAUUCUUGCUGGACUUCAUGCUUGUGGGGACCUCUCUGUAACAAUGCUACGGACCUUUCUGGAAUGCAAAGAAGUUAAAGCAGUGAUCAGCAUCGGCUGUUGUUAUAACUUACUAUCUGAGGAUAGAGUCCAAACUGAUGAUGAAUGUGGUUUUCCAAUGAGUAAAGAUGUAAGGGCUUCUGGCCUAUUACUUGGGAAAAGCGCGCGUGAUCUCGCUUGUCAGAGUGCUGAAAGAUGGGGAGGUUUAGGAAAAGAUGCUGGGAUUCAAAAUUUCGAGUUGCAUGCUUUCCGAGCUGCCUUCCAGAUGGUUCUUUUCCAAUAUUAUCCAAAGAUCUUGGCUACCAGUCCUGCCAUAGGUCGUCAAGGUAAAGCUUUACGCCGCCAACAAAAUCGAAGGACAUUGGAGUCAGGUUUGCAUCUUAAAGGGACUUCAGAUCAUUCCUUAUCUCUUUCUCACAAAGACUGUAAGAAGAAUUUUACUUGGAUGAACAAAAAUGCAGAGACUGAAGUCACCUUAUCUGAGAAGCUGAAAGGGCCAGACUGUACUGAUGGUAUGAUUCAGAAAGUUUCUUCUAAAAUUAGUACUGGAUGUGAGAAGACUAUAUAUGCUGAAAAAUAUAUGCUUUUCAAGAAAUUUAGUCUGUCUGCACUUGAUCGUCUUGGUGUCCAUGGUUUGAAGGAAAUUGAUCUGGCUGGAUUAUGGAAGAAAAAUGAACCGUUUGCUGAACUUAUAGGACCUUAUUGGUCUCUGCGAGCUGCUUUGGGGCCGGUACUGGAAACUAUCCUGCUGCUUGAUAGGUUAUUGUUCCUCCAGGAGCAAGGCAAUUCCUUAAAAGUACUAAUGCUGCCAAUCUUUGAUCCUGCUUUAUCUCCCAGAAACGUGGCUCUCAUUUCUUGGAAAAUCUGAAGUAAUCUUCAUUCCAAGUCCUCUACAUGAUUACAUGGUCGUUAAGAUCAAUAUAUUGGUAAUGUCUUUCAUGUGUUUAUUCUGAUAUACAUAUAUGGACUUUGUAUGUUUCAUUUCUGUACACCGUUUCUUUAUAAUUUCUUUUAAUAAUUAAACACAUUUAACUGAUUUAUAUUGAAUUUUGUUAAUAUUUAUAAUGCA